AACUUCAAAGAAGCUAUUUGCUAAAAAGCUUCCACAUCAAGCGAAGCACAGUUAUUCCCUCUCUUCGCUUCUUAUGGCUUGAAAAAAGAAGCAACAGAAAAAAAAAAAAAAAAGGAAAAGUAGAGUGUGCUUCUUGUCAAAUGGAGAAGCAGAAAAAUACCCAAAAUCUGCCAUCAAAUUACAUAACUCUCUUUGAACUUCAAAAACGCUGGAAAAAACAGCAAGAGGAUCGAAAACAGCAAAAUGAGAAAAAACAACAACAAGAAGAAGAUCAUGCAUCUAAUGACAUGAUCCAUGUACAAGCACAAGAACGAAAGCAAAAGAAGAAGAAGAAGAAGAAGAAGCAGCAGGAACAAGAACAAAAUGACCGAAAUCGACAGAAUUACCCCAAGAAACAUCCGAAUUUCACAGAAAGCAGUUGCGAAGCUUGUCACGACGAAAAGCAAAACGACGCCGUGGAUGUGGUGGUUUCUGUCGUUGAAGGAAAUGAAAGUGAGAUUAAUCUGAAAGAGGAGGCGAAGGGCAAUGAUCUGGGACUUAGAAAGAAAAACAAGUGGAAUCAGAAGAAGAGGGGAAAAGUAACAGCACGUGAAGCACACGCGCCCCUAAAGGAGUAUAUUUCGGCGAAGACGAAUGGAAAUAUUUCGGUGAAGAGGUAUGAAAAAGGAAAGGAGACGAGUCCGAAAUCUACUACUGAUGAGGCUGCGGUGAAGAGGUAUGAGAAAGAAAAGGAAAAGAGUCCGAAAUCUACUACUCAAGAGGCUGCGGUGCACAGGUAUGAGAAAAGAAAGGAAACGAGUCCGACGCCUACUACUGAAGAAGCUGUGUUGAAGAUGUAUGAGAAAAGAAAAGAAACUAGUCCGAAACCUACUACUGAAGAGGUUGUGGAAGUGAAAAUUCGGGCAAAGGUUGAGAAGCCUUCAAAAGAAGAAGAGAAAAACAAAGAGAAAACGCGAAGUAAGAUUGUUAAUGGUCGCAAUGGAGUGUAUGAACGUUAUAAUGGGAUUGUUAAUCGCAGAAAUUUUGAAUACCUAGGUUAUCAUGGGCCCUAUAGCAGGAAUUCUGAAUACAGAGAUUAUUAUGGGUCCUAUAGAGCAGGAGGUCCUGGAAAGGUUAAUGGCAGAUACAUGGUUUGGGUUAAGAAAGGAGAGGUUGCUGAUGACACCAGAGACUGAAGGAUUUGGAGUGAUUGUCACUGCUCAGAUUGGUUUUAGAGCAUUGUGAAUACAAGUCUCUCGGAUGGAUGCUUUGGAAUUUUAGGUAGUCUUCAAGAGCUCUGGUUUCUUGGAAGUCUCUCCUAAGUCAGAAGUGCUGUUAAUUUAUAUUCUGUGGUUGAAUCUGCCAAGUUUGCAUUCUUGGAGACUAUCAGUGCUAAUGGAACUAUAAUGUAGUUGAAGAAAUUUGAAUCUGUAAGGUGAAUAGUUCAUAAACACUGCAUGGUUUAUUGUUACAAAGAUGGAAGGUUGUAUAUAUUUGCAGCCGAUACAGAGAUUUAGAUGGUUAAUGUACGUAUAAGUGAUUCUUUGAGAAUGUUUUGAUGAUGGUGGUUGCUUAAAGAAAAUGAAAGUUUACUUCUUGGGUUAGCAAGAUGCA